UUCAAAAACACGAAAUUGCAGAUCGAUAAUCAACCAUAAAUAUACAUACCUUGAAGAGGAGAGAAUUCUCUUCACAAUUUUAACCUUUUACCUUCUAAUUCUAUAACUUUUUAACCUAACAUGAAGCGACUAAAGCGUAGCUUAAGCUUGAGGAGUUCUAGAAGACAUAUUCCAGAAAGCCACCGACCUCAAGUUUGGGAGAAUGAUAGUUAUAAAGUUCGCAAUGGAGGUGUAAGCUUCCCAGUUAAGUAUGCAGGGGCAAUCGAGGUAACCGAAUCACGAGGAACACAAGUGUGUGCCGAAGCCUUUCGCCGGAUGAAAGAUGCUGGUAUACACAAGAAAAAGAAAAUGACUCUACUAGUGACAUCGGACUGUAUUCGUGUGGUAGACGAAGAGACGAAAUCUCUUGUCAUUGACCAGACAAUAGAAAAAGUGUCAUUUUGUACUCCUGACCCAUCAGAUGAAAGGGUKUUUUCAUAYAUUUGCCGCGAAGGAACAACAAGGAGAUGGAUGUGCCAUUGUUUUAUUGCAACAAGAGACACAGGUGAACGUCUUAGCCAUGCUGUUGGAUGUGCAUUCACAGCUUGUCUACAGAGGAAGCAAAAAGCACAAGCCUUGCAACAAGCUGCAAAGUCAAAGGAWGGGAAAGAGGAGGCUGCACCACAAGAAGGUCAACCAGCAGCAGUUCYAGCAUCAUCAUCACCAACAACACAGCCACAGCAACAGACUCUAAAACAGCUUGCUUCUACAGCUCCUACUACUGUYUCAACUCCAACUGCAUCAGCUGGCUCAACUUCCAUGAAUGGCCCAACRCAGGCUGCAGCUUCUCCACCACAACCUGUUCAAACAGUUCAGCAGCCUCAGCCMGCAGUACAACCAGUUCAGCAGCCUCARCCSGCAGUACAACCAGUUCRGCAGCCUCAACCCGCAGUACAACCAGUUCUAAAGCCACCUCCACCUGUUGUAAGACCAAGACCACAACCKUUUACACCRUCACCAUUCACUCGUCACAUGUCACUUAGAUAUAAAUCCACUCCAAUGUCAUUAGGACCUCUGAGAGAUACUUCAUCAAAAGGCUAUGAAACACUACUAGAAGAAUCUCAACCACCAAAGUUACCUCAAACUGUUGAUGCUUUGAAUAUUCAUGGUAAUCAACCACAAGCCAUGAAUUACCCUGGAGGGUUUGUCCCACUACAGGCAUCAACACCACAAGUUKUAAGYGCAAGCCCAGGUCUUGCUCAACCCUCUAUGUACAAUGGGUUACAUUCGAAUUCUGUGAAUACAUCACAGUCAUUUGGCAGUCCUGCACAAAAUGUUUCUCAGCCUUUUGCUGCUCAAACUGUGCAACAAAAUCCAUGGUCUCCACCAGUUUCACAAUUAAAACGCACUCCUUCUGAUGCUGAAAAGUGGCUGGAAUCUGCUGAAAAUAUAAACAAGGCAAAUAGUGGAAAUCAAGGCCUUCUAACAACCCAUAAUCCUUUUGCAACCACACAAAAUAAUGCAAUAUCAGGGACUUGGACAACAGACAUAAACAAAUCACUACCAGCAGUACAACAAACAAAUCAAAAUGCUUGGGGUAAAGUUCCURCUGUACCUGAAGAAGAUGACUUUGCUUCUCUGGCAAGUCGACAUACUGGUUCACCUGUUUCAAGUCCAAGAGGCAGUACKUCAAGCAAUCCAUUUAGUCAAGGAUCACAAGUUUACUGGGUUUAAGAAUUACUAAUAAACAAUAUGAAGAUUUCAAGCAUCCUGUUUGACAGUGAACCCAAGGUAAAGCAGUUGUUUCUGUGAUUUUGUAAGACCAUUUGAGACACACACUUCAAGCAAGAUGCCAUGAAUAUGUACUAAUAAUUGUUUACCAGUAUUUAAGUCAACAAUUUUUAGAUUAGAUUCAAUUGUAUUCUCCGACUAAAUAAGAAAGACAUUAUCAAUUGUCAAUCAUCWUGUCAUCAAAGACCAUUGUAAUUCAACUUUAAUUAUAAUGUGCAAUGAUUGACAGCUUCUUGUUUUGUCACUUCUUGUAUAACUGUAAAAAUAUAGAAAACUGCUGCUGUAMACUUUUGUAUGUUGACAACAUCUAGGAUAUAGAUUAUUAUUGAUAUGUUAGAUGCAUGAGAUCAAACAAUGAUUUUAAUGUGACAGUAUCCUGUGCUCAAGCUAAUGCCUCCAUUGUUUGUAAAUUAAAUAUUCAAAAACUAGCAGUGUUGGCUUUAAAACUUUUUUAUUACCUCAUUUCUAUUUUCUUUUUCUCAUAAGAAUUUAUUGCAAAUCACCACUAUGUUGCCAAAUGAUAGAAUAUCUUAUCACAUAGCUUUGUGCCUAAGCUUUGAGCUAAAAAUUAACUGGAAAAGGUCAAUUAGGAUUGAUAAUUAUUUGUCCAGGAAUUUUGGACUUUUUUAGAGUAAACUGAUGUCUUUAUGCAUUUAGUUUGGAUUGACUGAUUAAUUUUGUGAAUAAUAAUUGUAAUAGCUAGUGUAGAUAGGUAGAAAUAUUAUGAUUGAAUAUUGUGUCAUAACUUGAAAAUUUAAUGUGAUUCCUAAAUAUGCUAUUUGAAUUCUUUUUUCUUAGCAUAUUAUUUUAUGAAUGCAGCUUGUCCAGGAUAAUGUCAUGUUUAUUUGUCGCAAUUAUUAUCAACAGUAACAUUUAGUCAAUUUAAUGUUGAAUACUGAUCAAAGAAUCUCUGUGUUUAUAUAGCAAUUGGUCUUCAUAAAAUGAAAAGCCUUACAGAUUAGGGUAAAGAAAUGAUAUUCAAUAAUGGGCUUUUCUUAACAUAAACUGUUUUAAAAAUCAUGAAUUUUAGAAACAACUCCUCCCACAGCAAUUCAUUUAAUUUAAAUGACCUUUUUCAGUAAUUGUGACAAAACAUUAAAUUCUUCUUGUACAGAAUCUSUCUUUAAGUAGACAUUCAGUCAUUUUCAAUUUUAUAUAUUUUUAGUUUAAUACUAGCAAAAUAAGAAUAGCAUGAUGCAUAAUGUAWAGAGACUUAUAGUGAUUAAUUAUUUGUUGAUAAUUAUUGCAUUCAUUGAACAGUGAACACUUGAAAAUCUAUUCUCUGAAGCAUUUUCUGAAAAAAAUGAGCCUUUAAGUAGGCUUACUAGUUAAUUUACAAGGCUCAGUGGUCAUUGUUUUUACUAGUUGUCAAUAUCAGAGAAAUUAUAUGUCCAUUAAAAACAUGGUAUUAGUGUGAGACAAACGUUUUUCAUGGAUAUAUUGUAUAACAUAGGAGUUUGAUGCUUGUAAAACAAAAUAAAUGGCAAUCAAAUUGUAAAAUAUGCUACUGUAUCAGAUAUAUGUGUAUUAAUUUCUUUUGAACAGACGUCCAUUGGUCUGCGCAAAAGGCACUUGAAUGUUUAUUUUGUUUUGUCUAUGAAAUAUUUCAAAUUAAACAAGACCCAGUGUUGUCUCAAA